AUGAAUACACCCGGUGGCGAGAACCCCGCAAAGAGGACAUACUUAUAUGCGAUCGAUGACUAUAUUCCAGCCUCCAGUUCACCAUCACGUUUGUUCUCCACCAUGCCUGACCUGCAUUCACUGCCCGAGGGCACAUGGCCCGAAAACGCUGUCCGAAACAAUGGUCCUGAUAACCUCUUGCUUGAACGCGCCAAGCUUCGUGAACUAGCCGAAGGCUGGCCAUGCUAUCGGGAUGCUUGCGAAUGGGAAAACUUCGAGUCAAUCUUCCACCCGGGAGCAUAUGUGUACACCACAUGGUCCGGCCGAGUGUCUUACUUGGAUUUCAUGGCAGCCUCCAAAGCCGGCAUGGAUAAGGGAGCAUUCAUCAUGCACCGAUGCCAUGGAGUGACAACGGAUAUAGCGCGUGAUGCUACUCGCGCUGUGACAAAAAUGAAAGCUACAAUUACCCAGCGGUUCCUCAUCGACGGGAUGGAAGUUGAUGCGGAGGCAGACUGCCGGUUUUGUUUCUUCUUCGAGAAGAUCGAUGGUCGCUGGGGCGCUCGUUUUGUGAGGCAUUGGUACGAGAAGGACAAGUUGUUGCCCGUCAUCCCAAACCAAUUCCCAGAGAUCGAUGUGAAGAAACUCAAUUCUUACCCUCAAGGAUACAAGUGCCUGGCCUAUUGUCAGGAGCUUACGAUGGGCGUCACGGUUUUGAGGGAUAUGCCUGGCCAUAGGCGACACGAAGGAACUGCUAGUGGAGAGAAGCACGAUCUACUGUACCGUCUUGCUAAAGAAUGGCUGGAUGGUAAAGACAUUGAGGUAUAA